AUGGCAUCUACUACACCUACCAGCAACACUGGCUACACAGUCCCCUCCACUGCGACCGACAUUACCCACCUCACCAAGACCUCUCUCCCGGUCCCGGUCCCAGGUCCACAACAAGUCCUCGUCCGCCUAACGGCUGCCGCCCUCAACUACCGAGACUUCCUCAUCGCUUCACGCAGCCCCCGCUAUCCUGGAAGUCACAAGGCAGAUCUCGUCCCCGGAUCUGACGGCGCUGGUGCCAUUCAUUCUGCACACCCGAGCUCUCGUUUCGCGUCCAAUGUUGGGCUUUCGGUGGCGGUUCAUCCGAAUUCCUGGCUCGAUGGAGACGUGCGGAAUCUGAAGUUCAAUGAGGUGUUGGGAGGUUUUAGCGCCGAUGGUACGUUGCAAGAGUAUCUAGUCGUGGAUGACGAGCAGAUCAUUCCGGCGCCGAAGGGGUGGAAGGGAGAGGAAGUGGCGGGUUUGUUCACGGCUGGGACGACGGCGUGGGCUGCUAUUAGGGAAUUGCUGGACGGGAGACUUGAUGGGACGCUUGGUGGGUGGGAGGGAGACUGGAAGGAGAAGAGGCUGGAGGGAAAAUGGGUGCUCACACAAGGGACGGGGGGCGUGAGCUGUGCAGCUAUUCAGAUUGCUUCGACACUUGGUGCUACGGUCAUUGCGACUUCUUCUUCGGAUGAGAAGUUAGAUAUUGCAAAGUCGAUCGGUGCUAAAUAUGUGAUCAAUUACAAGAAAACUCCUGAAUGGGAUGAGGAGGUCCUUCGCAUCACGGGUGGAACAGGCGUUGAUCAGGUUAUCGAGGUCGGUGGAGCUCAAACAAUCAUACAAUCCCUCCGAAGCACUCGUCCUGGAGGCCUUAUUAGCGUUAUCGGCAUCUUGUCAGAUGCUGAUAUUAUUCCUCCUGAGCUCAUACCGGCGGUGCUGUUCGGUGGUAAAAUCGUCAAAGGAUGUGUAUCUUUCAGUCGAGACAUUUCGGCCGAGUUUGUCAAGUUCUCCGAGGUAAACAACUUCAAGCCUGUGGUUUCCAAAAUCUUCUCUUUUGAUCAAGUCGUGGAGUCUUUUGAGGCGCUGCAGAAGCAGAACUCUGUUGGAAAGCUUGUAGUUAGGAUCAGUGAAGACUAA